AUGGCCGAAGAAUUGAUUGCCAAGUAUUUUAAAAAACCAUCAACAUCCUCACCUUCUUCAUCAGGAAACGCGAAAACUGUAACAAUUCAACCAAAAAAAAAGAAAGAAAAUAAAAUGAUUAAAUUAAUGGUUUUAAAAUCCAAUGCUAAAAAUUGGUCUAUCGGAAAAGUGCUUGACAAAAUAGCGAUCGAAGGAAAAAUCAAAAAUAUGAAUAAUCAAUUAUCGGUGGAUGAUCCCGAGGUGAUUCAUUAUCAAACGGAGAUUCAAUUGGAUUAG